CCCUUCACUUCUGCGCCCUUGUUGUUUCCUUCUCCACCCACGGCGGAACAAAAUUCUCCGAACCAAGGUCUGAGCCGAAGUCCGAGCCUUCAAAUUCAAUGGAAGAAGAUCACACGGAGUCAUUCAAGGAUGGUUCGGACCUCUGCCAGCAGCUCAUGGACCGCUACGCCAACUCUGCUGCACCUCAGCAUCGCCACCUCCUCGCCACUGCCGCUGCCCUGCGCUCCAAUAUCGCUACCGAGUCUCUCCCACUUACGCCGCCCGCAUACUUCGCCGCCGCCAUCUCCACCCUCGACGCCGCGGAGGCGCUGGACCCCGUUGCCCUCUCCGCCCUGGUGUCAUUCAUGGCCAUCGCCCUCCCCCUCGUGCCGCCCGGCGGCAUCGCGGCGUCGAAGUCGCACAAAGCUUCGGAGAUCCUCGUUGCAGUUCUGGCCAGGGAGGGUGAGGAGUUGGGCGCUGCGUGCAUGAGGGCCAUGGUGAAGUGCUUGGGGGUUUUGAUUGGCUUUUGUGAUUUAGAGGAUUGGGACGGAAUCAAAUUCGGCUUUGAAGCAUUGCUCAAGUUCUCCAUUUGCAAGCGCCCCAAGGUACGCAGAUGUGCUCAAGAAGCUAUGGAGAAGGUUUUCAAGUCUAUCAAAGCCCUCCACGGUUUACCAACGAAGCUAGCAAGUUGGUUUUUGUGCAGAGCUGAAAAAGUUGUAGUUCUUUGGCACUGAGUUUAAGAGUGCUUCGAGGACUUUUGAUGGAUUGUAAAGAAGAUAAGUUUGAAAUCAAUCUGGAGGUCCUACAAUCUUAUGGAAUUUAAUAUUAAUCUCAUUGCUCCAUAUAUCUAUCUAAAAAAAACGAAAAUGAUUUCUGAAAGUUCUUUUUCAGAAGUGCAUAAAUUUAUUUAGUUUUAUGUCUUUCGGACUUGCAAGGCAUGCACUUAAAACUAUGGAAGCUAUUUUUGAAGCUUUUAGAAUAAAAAAUAUAGUGCUAGAGAAAGAGGAAAUCGUGGUUUUCUCUUACUUCAUUUGUAUAUUUGAGGGAUAAGAACUCUUUGGAUACUGUGAUUUUGGCAUCAAAACUAUUAGGAGUUGCAAUGGACUUACUUUAUAAUGGAAAAUCAAGCUUGUGGAUCAAGAAUCUCCCUCCAGUUUGCAGAUCUGUGAUUGGUCUUCUAAAUUUUGAGGGAAACACUGCAUCACAAGCUUCAAAUAUUUUGAAGGAUGUGCUAAAGCAUCAUAUUAGUCACUUAAGCGUGUUGAUGGGUACAGAUCAACAUUUAUUGAUGGUAGUCUGGAACGUGUCAAAGCAGAUGCAAUAAAAUCAACAUGUGCUGUUUUUGAGGAUGCACUUUCUUCAAGUGAUGGAAUUCCAAAUGAGCAUGUUUUGUCAGUCAUAUCUGUUUUAUUUCUCGAGCUUGGUACGUGAUACUCUUGUUAUUAUAUUAGUGUAACGUAUAGAGGAAUUGUUCUUUUGAAUUUCAUUUAAGGUGGUCUAUAACAGCUUGCACUCAUUGCUCUACCAACUGAGAUAGACCCCCUCAAUUUUCUUUUAUAUUGCCACCAUUAAUGAUUAAUGUUUAUAAAAAAGUGAGGUGUUGUAUCUUUAUAUAGUUUUUUGUGUAUGGAUGGAACAAGGGAGCUGUGUUUUAGUUGAUUUAAUGUUGGUUGCAUUACUUUCCCUUAAUAGAUUUCAUGGUAUAGGGUCAUGUUUGUGGUCUCUUUUUUGUGUUCUGAAUUAGAAGAGUUGAGCUCUUCUCUUGUGCUUACGUCCUAACAAGUGGUGUUUUCACGAGAGUUUAGCUAUGAAGAGGGUUAACUAUAGGUUGAAUUAAGGUGCAAACUGAAUAAGGAUAUGUUAAACAAUAAAAAAGAGAG